UACCCUAGAUAGUGACAGUUUGGUUUGGGACACAGCCUGAGUGUUUCUCGCUUCACAGAAUGACAAUUCACGGGUUGUUUUGAUGUAACUGAUUACGGCUACGGUUGAUAUUCCUGUUAUACUGUUUAUCGAAAGCGGAAAUCAUUUCGGAUAAAUAGCAGGUUGACAGCCGAAUAAACCAUGGAGUCCAUGCUCAAUAAGUUAAAGAACACCGUUACCAAGGUGACGGCUGACGUCACUAGCGCCGUGAUGGGAAACCCUGUAACGCGGGAGUUUGAAGUCGGCCGCCAUAUCGCCAGCGGAGGUCCGGGGAUGUGCUGGAGAAUCUACAACGGCACGAAGAAGUCCACCAAGCAGGAAGUAGCAGUUUUUGUAUUUGAUAAGAAGAUUAUUGACAGAUAUCAGAAGUUUGAGAAGGACCAGAUCAUCGAUUCGCUCAAACGAGGAGUUCAGCAGCUAACACGCUUACGACACCCACGUCUUCUCACAGUUCAGCAUCCUUUAGAGGAGUCCAGGGACAGUUUGGCGUUCUGCACAGAGCCUGUGUUUGCUAGCUUGGCUAAUGUGCUGGGCCAGUGGGACAAUCUGCCUAGUCCUGUCCCCACAGACAUCAAAGAUCACAAACUCUUCGACGUGGAGACAAAGUAUGGUUUACUCCAGAUAUCUGAGGGCCUCUCCUUCCUACACAGUGGCGUGAAGAUGGUGCAUGGUAACCUGUGUCCAGAGAACAUUAUUCUGAAUAAGAGCGGCGCUUGGAAAAUCAUGGGCUUCGAUUUCAGCAUCUCUUCCAGCAACCCGUCAGAUGCCGAGCCCAAAUACGUAUGUAAAGAAUGGGACCCCAACCUACCCGUUCUCUGUCUGCCUAAUCCGGAGUACGUGGCUCCAGAGUACAUCCUGUCAGUCAGCUGUGACUCCGCCUCUGAUAUGUACUCACUGGGCGUGGUCAUACAUGCAGUCUUCAAUGAGGGGAAGCCAGUGUUUCAUGUCAAUAAGCAGGAUAUUUUCAAGAGCUUCAGCCGGCAACUAGACCAGUUGAGUCGUCUGAAUCCAGGAGUGCUGAGUAAGAUCCCAGACGAAGUGAAAGAGCACGUGAAGAUGCUGCUGAGCGUCACAGCCAACGUGAGACCCGACGCGGACCAGAUGACAAAGAUCCCAUUCUUUGACGACGUGGGUGCGGUGACGCUGCAGUAUUUCGACUCGUUAUUCCAGAGAGACAAUUUACAGAAGUCACAGUUCUACAAAAACCUUCCCAAAAUCCUUUCCAAGCUGCCCAAGAGAGUGAUAGUGUACCGGAUCCUUCCAGCCCUCACCUCUGAGUUUGUGAAUCCGGACAUGGUACCAUUUGUGUUGCCUAACGUGCUGCUCAUCGCCGAAGAGUGCACCAAAGAAGAGUAUGUGCGCCUGAUCCUACCAGACCUCACCCCUGUGUUCAAACAGCAAGAACCCGUUCAGGCCAGCAACAUGAUCCUGCUAAUAUUCCUACAAAAGAUGGACCUGCUUCUGACCAAGACGCCGACCGGGGACAUAAAAAACAGUGUGCUUCCGAUGGUGUACAGAGCACUAGAAGCUCCCUCUACUCAAAUCCAGGAAUUGUGCCUGAAUAUUAUCCCCACCUUUGCCAACCUGAUUGACUAUCCGUCCAUGAAGAACGCACUCAUCCCUCGGAUCAGAUCGGCUUGUUUACAGACGUCCUCUCUGGCUGUGAGGGUGAACUCUUUGGUGUGUCUCGGGAAGAUUCUGGAAUAUCUAGAUAAGUGGUUUGUCAUCGAUGAGAUCCUCCCAUUCUUACAGCAGAUACCCUCCCGUGAGCCUGCUGUCCUCAUGGGCAUUCUGGGCAUCUAUAAGUGCACAUUUGCUCAUAAGAAGUUAGGAAUCCCAAAAGAGCAUCUUGCAGGAAAAAGUCUGCCUCAUCUGGUCUCUCUUAGUAUCGACAACAACCUUAAUCUCAGCCAGUUUAACUCUUUCAUGGCUGUAAUCCGAGAGAUGAUGAAUCGGAUGGAGGCAGAGCACAAGACCAAGCUGGAGCAGCUGCAGAGCAUGCAGGAGCAGCAAAGGAGCCUUAACCUCAACCAGUUAAAUCCAUCAGAAGAGACAAAGAGCAACCCCAGUCCACUAAAUCAAGUUCAAGACAUCGAUGACGUCUUUGGCGGGAGCUCCGGGAGCACAGGAGUGAACGGCAAAGAGAACGGCUCCUCUGCCGCUCCCUCCCAGCCCUCGAGAGUGUCUCUGACAUUGGAGGAGAAGCAGCGCUUGGCUAAGGAACAAGAGCAAGCAGCAAAACUGAGGAACCAGCAGCCUUUGGCACCACAGAGCAUCAAACCUGCCUCAACAUCCACAAGCACUCAGGCGAAAGACCUGACCAGCAGUCUCCUGAACAAUAUGAACUCACUGAACAGUCUCUCUCUGAGUUCUGGCUCUCGAACAGCACCCAUGCAGACCGGCACUCUCUCAUCUGGCUUCUCCUCCACACCCACUAUGGCUGGCAUGGGCACCCUGGCCCCCAUCAGCAAUGGGUUCAACUCUCCCAUGGGCUUCCAAACAGCAGGUAUGGGCAUGCAGACUACUGCGCCCGGUGUCUAUGGAGGCAUGGCCAGCACCAACAGUACCCCAAACUUCAAUGCCCUCUCACAGAACCAGAAUCAGUCCAGCAAGCCAGCCGAUAUGUCCGCCCUGGACUCGCUAUUCUCAGCUAACAAGCCCAAAGUCAGCCUCAACCAAAUGGUUCCCAAACCAGCUACAGGUGUUGCACCCUCCCCCUGGAUAAACCAGCUUGGUGCAGGCCAGCCCUCUCAGACUGCACCCAUGCAGGCACUACCGAUAGGCAUGACUGGGGUUCAGGGAGGGUUCGGGAUGCAGGCUAACCCUUUCUUCAGCCCUCAGAACUUUUCUCAGCCUGCUGCUGCUGCUCCCACCAUGAAUACAGGCAUGCUAAAGCAAAGCAUGUCGGUCAAUAACGAUCUGAAAGACCUCUUCGGUUAAAAGGCUCCUUCGUUUGGAUUUGACUAGUGACGGAAAGCGAAAGGAGAUUAAUCAAGGCAGACCUUUUUUUUUUUUCCCCUAUUGUGCUGAACCUUACAGUCAAUCAGAGGAUGACCACCAGCCUUAACCACGCAGGGUCACAUGUCACACAGGACAUGUUGUCCUUGUCCGAAUACUGAAUAUUAGGCUUAAACGUAUUCAGUCAGUUUGUUCUCUAAACACACACAAGAUAUCAGACUUUUCCCCUAAAUAAGGAGAAUGGGUAAAAUAGGUAAAACAACGGUGGGGCUUCACCUGGUGAAGACAACAAUUUACUUGAAUGGGAAAUGGUGCAGGAUCUUUUUUACUAGCUUUCCACCUUCUUGGUCUACUUUUGGAAGAGUGAGUUUGGAACCUGAUGAUAAUGAGUAUUUUGGUCAUUUGUGUAGCCAUCACUACAGAAUUCCUUCUUGUUGCUCACAACACAACACCAGGACUUUCUGUAAUCAUUUACAAUUAGCUCUGUCCUGAAAAAAUCAAAGCAAAUAUCUGAUGUAACUACUAAUAAUCAUCCUCCAACUUGGUGAUGCAUUGUUUAAAGUGAGGCUUAGGCUCAUACAUUCCUCCAAUUGUGCACUUUUUUACUGUUCCAUGUGAUCUCACUGAGCUGUUUUAUUGUUUUUGAGUCUAACAGGCUGAAUUCAGCAGUGUUUGAUGCCCCAUUGAAUUGACUCAAUUGACCACCCAUUAGUUUUAAAUUAGAUAUAAAGUCAUUUUUGUGUAAUUUGCCAAAAUAGCCUUUAAUUCUGUUACCGAUAGGCAUCACUUAAUAAAUCUCAAAUGAUGUCAUUUCAAAUUAAAUUGUGACCGAUGCAUCUGAUUCUGUGUUGUUUUGCAUCAGGAGAAAUACUAAUAAGUGUAACGAGGGAAUUCCCGAUCCAGUGUUUUUUUCCCCCUUGUGUCCCAGUUGCAGAUGUCGCUUGUAAGGUGAAUUAAUACAGAAUUAUUACCUGCAGCAAUCCAGUUAAGAUGAUGCAGAUACAACUCAAAAGCUUCAAACAUUGUAAUAUGGAUGUCGGUUUCUAGAUGAGCUGCUUUGAAUGUUUUUAGGAUGUUUUUACUGUGUAUACGUUGUGUGUGUACACUUUUGGAAAAAUACCCAAACCAUUCUGUCUUCUAGCAACAUCCAUGCAUCAUUUCUCCCAAAUCUGACGUUUGAUGUGCAAAUUAAUUUAAGCUCUUGACCUGUUUCUGCAUGAUUUUAUACAUUGCACACAUGAUGCCACAUGAUUAGAUGAUUGUAUAUCUGCAUCAAUGUGCAGGUGGAAUGUUUCAGGUUAGCAUCAGCACAAUGUCAAUAUUCAAUGUAGGAUCAAUGCGUCACUUCUCACCAGUGUUGUGGAGUAAAUUAAUCCCAAAUCUCGUUUGCGCUAGUCAUGUAAAUCUAGCCCAGAUAUUCAGAUUUGAAUCAUCUAGUAUUUCAGGAACGGACCACGCUCACACGUUGGUGAAAUUGUGGUCCUGAUUAUGGCUGGUGUGAAGUGUGAGGUUAUGAUUUAGAUGAGAAUGAGAGAAUGUUUUGUAUUUUUUACACAUAUGCUGGAGUUAUUAUGAGCUAACAGUGUGGUAUUGGAGCAAACUUUUGUUGUCCGUGACCGAAGCAGACUCUUUACUCUUUACUCAGACUCGUAGAUUCUUCGAUCUGGAAAGAUUUCUCGAUGGGUAUAAUCUACAAACCUUCAGUGAACUGUAGCGUACGUGUAGGUCUUGCUUUGUGUUUGUCCAGCUGCUUUCGUUUAGUUUGUGUGAGUCAUUUCUGUUUAGUGCUUUGCCUUUCUUGUUACUGAUCGUUUUUACUGGAGCCCACGUGACCGUAGCAUCGACACUGAACAGAUUAAAAAAUAGACAGACCUAACCUUUUAUUCUUUAUCAUGACCAAAUAAAUAUCACGAUUGUGUAUUAUAUUUACAUAUCAUAUGAAUGAUGUUUAUAGUAAAAUGAGAUUUAUUUCACAUUAGUUAACAUGUUUUUUUUUUGUGUGUGUGUGUUUUUUAAUAUAUUAUCCUGGGAUCACUUAUAUAAAGGGGACCUCUGAGUACAAAUGUACAAAAGAUAGAAGCCUUAUAUGAAGAGAGGUGUGCAAUAAUAGGUCUUGGAAGGGUUUUGUCAAAUUGACUUGAAGUCAAUUGCGUGUUUUACUACAUCCGGUUUUCAUAUAUGGACAGAGUCGUUUCCAGUUAUUUUAGAUUUAAA